AUGAAACGUCUUAAAUCUCUUAAGGCAUUGGUUUGCCUUGCAAGCAUCACCAUUUGCAGUGACGAUGCCAAGCGAGACAAACAAGGAGGAAUUGGUAAAGACCAUGUCCUUAGGCGAUUCAAUAACCGCCUCUCCGGCGGGAUCAGGAUUCACCCCGAGACUUCGGAUGGAAGCGUCGUUAAAUGUUUGGCACACUCUCAUGUUGCUGGCGUGCUUUACUCUGCAAACAGCUUCAGGAGGCUAAUAUCACCGAUACGGAUUUCGUGGGGAGCCUAUAUGGGAUUCGAAUACGACAGCGAGAACGAGGGCCACAGAAAGCGUUGCUAA